GCGUCCUUUAAGCGCGUUCUCCUUUUGCUUGUGACCGUUUGAAGAGUUUGUCUCAUUUUUAUUGACAAAAACAGACGUAGACAUAUUUUCCCAAGCUUUUGAAACCGGGGUCCUACCUCAAUUCCCGCGAAUAUGGCUACUAGAAGGGGCUCCAGUGUUCACAAAUUGUCCGGCCAGAAGUUAUCCAGAGCUGUAUUAAAGGAUGACGAUGACACAUGGGAUGCGACUGAUGGCUUGGACGACUCUUUCCAUUCCAAAUCCAAUGCGGAUCAUCAUCAUCAUCACCAUCAUCACCACCAUCAUCAUCAUCAUCAUCAUCAUCUGGACCUCUCAGAGGCUGAGCUGAAAGAGGAAAUUACAAGAGUUCUAAAUGCAAACAACCCACAUGCUCCCAAAAAUCUUGUUCGCUACAGCUUCAAGGAACAUUUCUAUAAGCCAGUGACUGCUGUGGAUCACUUGGCUGUCCACUUUGCUUUGGAUGGGAACCUAUUGCAUAAAGACUCUGAGGAAGCUCGAAGACUUAGCCUCUUUCAGCUUCCUACAGGGCUUGUACCAGUGGAGAGUAAAGUAGAAUCAUCUGAGGCGCACGCUGAAACCCCGACUACACCUGUGGAGGAUGGAGGCGACAGUGAAGAAACUGGAGAUGAGGACAAACCACGUAGUGCUUCCUCAAAACGUCGCAAGAGGGAGGCAAAAAUUACAAAUCAAUUCAACUUCAGUGAAAGAGCAGGACAGACUCGCAAUAAUCCUUCAAGGGAAAGAAGCUGCCAGACUGAACCUCCUCCCCGCGUCACCUUUUCUGGCUCUGUUAAUCAGUGGGAGAUCUACGAUGCAUACUUUCAGAAAAUGCAGAACCAAGACAUAAUUGAAAAGAGAAAGAAAUCCACAGUAGAGAAAAAAGAUGAUUUUGAUGUCAAGAAAAAGAUGAUGAUGGCGAAUGAGGAGCUCGCUAAAGUGGGCGAGGUAGCCAUGAUCAUUGAACGAAUGGUCAUCCAAAAUACAAUGGAUGACAUAGCACAAGAUUUUAAGUACUUUGAGGAUGCCUCAGAUGAGUUCAGAGACCAGGAGGGAACUCUUCUGCCUUUGUGGACGUUUCAGUAUGAAAAAGCCAGACAUUUGACUGUCACUGCCCUCUGCUGGAAUAACAAAUAUCAGGACCUGUUUGCUGUGGGAUUAGGAUCAUAUGACUUUGGUAAACAGGAGGGCGGCAUGCUGCUCUUCUUCUCACUGAAGAACUCGGCUUUUCCGGAGCACAUCUACUCCACAGCCUCUGGGAUCCUCUGCCUGGACAUCCAUCCACAACUCUCGUAUUUGGUGGCAGUGGGUUUCUACGAUGGCUGUGUGGCUGUUUACAACUUGAAGGAGAAACAAGAAGACCCUGUUUACAAGAGUACCGCAAGCACCGGAAAGCACACAGAUCCUGUCUGGCAGGUGCGCUGGCAAAACGAUGAUAUGGACAGCAACCAUAUGUUUUGUUCAGUGUCAUCUGAUGGCAGAGUUGUGACCUGGACACUUGUCAAGAAUGAGCUCAUGUCAUCGGACAUCAUCAGACUGUCUGUGAAAGGUGCUCCAUCUGAUGGGUCAGAUGGUUCACAGCUGCCUGUCAUCUCUCAUGGUACAUCACUCGACUUCCACAAACAGAUUGAUUAUCUGUUCUUAGUUGGCACAGAAGAGGGGAAAAUAUAUAAGUGCUCCAAGACUUACUCCAGUCAGUUCCUGGAGACAUAUGAUGCCCAUCGUAUGCCAGUGGAUACUGUUAAGUGGAACCACUUCCAUCCCAAAAUUUUUAUUUCUUGCAGUUCAGACUGGAAUGUCAAAAUCUGGGACCACACCGUCAACACUCCAAUGUUCACCUUCGACCUCAACUCACCCGUUGGAGAUGUUUGCUGGGCUCCUUAUUCCUCCACUAUAUUUGCUGCUGUGACAAUAGACAGAAAGGUUCACGUCUUUGACCUGAGUAUCAACAAAUUCGAAGGGAUCUGCCAUCAGAUAGUGGUUGCCAAAAAGACCAGGCUGACUCACAUUGAAUUUAAUCCCAUCUAUCCUAUCAUCAUUGUGGGGGAUGACCGGGGGACUGUGACCAGCCUCAAGCUCUCUCCAAACCUCCGCAAGAAGCCCAAGAGCAAGAAGGGCCAGGAGCUGCCCAAGGGGUCAGAAGCAGAGGUGUUAAAGAUGGACAGGCUGCUCAGCCUGCUGAGAGAACCAGAGCUGGACUGAAGUCACACCGACUCCGCUUCAAUUCAGACAAUGCAGCUUCUCAGAUGGUGGCUUUUUUUUUUUAUAUGUUUGCAGCAAAUAAAAUGAACAUGUUG